AUGGCAAAAUUCCUGCUAAUAUCAGUGCUCAUUGCAUUGGCCGUUAUGUCAGAAGGACUAUCACUGAAAAAACUAUUGAAUCGACGUGAUCCAUUCCCUUCAGAGCCAGAGAACCCACCAAGCCCCAAAAAUGUCGUUUGGGGAAAUAUAACUCAGCAACUAGACCAUUUUGAUCUGACUAAUGAUGCCACCUGGACACAACGAUACCUGAUGAAUGGUGAAUUUUUCCGCGAAGGAGGUGCAAUUUUCGUUUUCCUAGCCGGGGAAUGGAGCAUCACUCCAUAUCGUUUGGAAAACAGUUUAAUGGCAGAUUUGGCUAGAGAAUUGAAUGGAUACAUGUUCUACUUGGAGCAUCGUUAUUACGGCGAAAGCAGACCAACUGAAGAUGUCUCCGAUGCAAAUCUUCAAUUCCUGACUUCCGAACAAGCACUCGCUGAUGUAGCGCAUUUCGUAGCUCACAUUAAAUCUAACAGUGUUACGCCUGGAGCGAGAGAUUCUCCGGUCAUUGUCAUCGGUGGACAUUACUCUGGAAGUUUAGCAAUUUUUUUCCGUCAGAAGUAUCCUCAUCUCUCCCUAGGUGCAUGGGCUUCGAGUGCUCCUCUUUUAUCGAUCGUUGAUCAUUUCCAGUAUAAAGAACUUGCCGGUGCCGUUUAUCGCCAAGUUGGCGGAGCUGAAUGCUACAACGUUUUGCAACGAGGAUUUGCUCAAACGGAACAGAUGUUGGACGACGGUUUAGAUGACGAAGUUGAAGAAAUCUUCCAUUUGUGUGGAGACAUUGAAACCGAACAAGAUCGUCAGAUUUUCUUCGCGACUAUGUCGGCAUUCUACUCGCUGUUGGCUCAAUUUGAUGAGUAA